GUAGCGGAGGACCUGUGUCCCACGCAAACAGCGCCCCCUGCCGACUCCUCCCCGUACCGCGAGCUGCUGAGGAUCCUGGCACCAGGUCUGACAGAGAACAUGAUGGUACGGGACCUGUUACCGCAUCUGCCGUGUUUACCGCAGGAAGACAAAGAACAGAUCGAACAGAUGUGGAAGUCAUCUGGUAACACCCGAGCCGCGGAUGUCCUACUGGAGAAGAUAGUCCGAUGUGACCCUCAGCAGUGGUUCAAGGAGCUGGUCCGUGCCCUGGGGAGUGCCAGAGAUGAGCAGUCACUGGAACUACUCCUAGGCAGACGGGGGACAGACCAGGACCCCAUAGACGAGGACCGGCUGAGCACCUUGUUCCAAGGACUGGCCAUUUCACCUGCAAAUGAGGAAGUCCAGGCCGCAGACGCGUCGGCAAUGAAGGCCGCCAUGUUGGAUGACCCCAACUUGGACGAAGGUUACGAAGACGAAGACACAGGGGAUUUCCAGGCUCGAGGUCAAGGAUCAUUGGUGAUGGAAUUUCUUGAAGGGCCCGAAAGAAGCAUCCCGAUGCGCGACUAUCAGCUUGAGCUGGCUGAAGACGCCCUGCAGGGGAGAAACAUCGUGAUCUGCGCGCCGACCAACAGCGGGAAGACCCGCGUGGCGGUCUACAUCUGUAAGGACCACCUGGAGAAAAACCCGAAAGGAAAAGUGCUGGUCAUGGUCAACAAGGUCCAUUUGGUAGAGCAGCAUUUCCAGAAGCAGUUCAAGCCGCUGCUGCCGAAGUCCUUCCACGGCAGACUGGGGACGAUCAGCGGGGAGAACUACUCGUCUGCCGAGGAGGAGCACAUCAGCUUCAAGCAGCUGGCAGAGCAGAAGGACAUCAUCAUCCUGACGGCACAGAUCCUGGAGAACCACCUUAGUAGGACCGACCAGGAGAGGGUGGAGCUGUCAGAUUUCUCCCUGAUGAUCUUCGACGAAUGUCACCACACCCAGAAGGAGAACGUGUACAACAAGAUCAUGGGCCGCUUCAUGCUGCAGAAGUUUGACCAGCCAGGCCGACCCCGGCCUCAGAUCGUCGGUCUGACGGCGUCUCCCGGGGUGGGAGGGGCCAGGACUCACGAGAAGGCCGUCUCACACAUCCUGCAGAUUCUUGCCAAUCUGGACGCCUCCAAGCUAAAGACAGCAGAGAAACACGAGGAGGAACUGAAGAAAGUCGUUGGACAGCCCAAACGGAAGUGCGAGAUCACCAACGAGCGGCUUCAGGACCCGUUCGGAGACGAGCUGAAGAGGAUGAUGCAGCAGAUCCACGGGCUGAUAGACGCGGAAGGGGAGCGGCGGCCUCCCGCAGACUUCGGCACGCAGAUGUACGAGCAGUGGGUGGUGGAGAUGGAGAAGGAGGGCGGCAUGAAGAGCAACCGACGUGUCCAGACCUGCGCAGAACACCUGAGGAAGUACAACGACGCCUUGGUCAUGAACGACACACUGCGCAUGUCCGACGCCUUUCAGUACUUGAAGGAAUUUUACGUCAAAGAGAAUGACCGUCGGGACGUAUUUGACGACACGGACGAAGGGCUGACCCAGAUCUUUUCCGGCAACGUCUUACGCCUUGAGAAACUCACCAAGAUGUCACAGUACGAGAAUCCGAACCUUGAGGCGCUGAAGAAUAAGCUGAAGCAGGAGUGCGAGGCGAAGGAGGGCGCCAGGGGGAUCCUCUACACGAAGACCCGACAGUCCACGCGGUACCUGCUUGACUGGAUACGGAACACGCCCGAGCUGAACGACUUGCUGAGAGCCGAUCAACUGACGGGAACAGGCACCGGCUCCGUCAGCAAGAACAACCACAUGACUGCGAUCAAACAGCGAGAGGUGAUCAGACGGUUCCGUGAAGGCGAGCUGAAUCUGCUCAUUGCCACGACUGUGGCUGAGGAGGGUCUGGACAUCAAGGAGUGUAACUUCGUCAUCCGCUAUGGACUGGUCACCAAUGAAAUAGCAAUGAUGCAGGCGAGCGGCCGAGCCCGAGCUGAAGACUCCACCUACACCCUGGUGGCUGGUGGAAAGUCAGGCGCAGGACAGAGAGAGGAAAACAACAUGUACAAGAUACAGAUGAUGCACCGGGCCAUCAAGUACAUACAGGACAUGCCAGCCGACCAGUAUGAACAACAGAUUAAGAAGAGACAGCGGGCCGUCUGCAGCGAGCUGCACCAUCGGAACAACCCUGCCAUCAAGGCACGGAAGCAGGCCGCGGCAUCAGGGACUUUCCUUCACUGUAAGAAGUGUAACCAGAAGGCGUGCGACGCCGCGGAGCUCAGGCUGAUAGAGGGGGCCCACCACGUACACCCAGACCCAGAGUUCCUGAGGACUGUCGGAAAGGCGGACCAGGCGGAUGAGGAUGACGAACCGCGGCUGCAGUUCCCGGACUGGAGCAGCGCCGGCACCGUCAAAUGCAGGCGGUGUGAGCAGGACUGGGGCAUGUUGAUGCUGCACAAGGGAAUGGUCCUGCCCUGUCUGAGUAUCAAGAACUUCAUCCUGAGGAAGCAGGGUCUGCCCGCGCGCCGCCCCAAGAAGUGGAAGGCCUCGGGCAUCGCCGUGGCAGAGUUCGACUACGCCACGGACAUGGAGACGCCGGAGGUGGACAUGGACACCAGCGAUGACGACCUGUAGUUAGGAAUUUAGAUGAAUUCGAAAGAAAUGUUUAAGGCAAUAGUUGCUAUACAUCUUGAUGUAAAAGAUGACAAGGAUUUUAAUGGGAAAAUAACUUAAUAUACAGGGAAUCUGUUGUAGAUGAGGAAGGAGUGGCAAUGGCAGAUAAGUCCUAUACUAAAAGUGUUUUUAAUGAUACAUG